CGCUACUGUUCUGUUCAUAACUAGCCAAUCAAAGAGCGAAAUACUGCGAAGAUUCAGCCAAUGGUGGCGCAACAUGGUCGGUGGUCUCUUCGCGACCGCGGACAGACACAAGCAAGUGGACCGCGUGGAAGGCGCCAGUCGUGUUUGACAACGGCGCUGUUCAUCAGCCUCGGUUUUCAUCGUUUGUUGCUGUUUGUUUGCAGCUGCAGGCUGAAGCGGGUCAAGACAACACAUCACACAGGCUGCAGUUAAAGUCAAAUAUGGCAGAAUUUCUCGCAGACCCUUCAGUUCUCACGAAAGAUAAGCUGAAGACUGAGCUCGCUGCCAACAAUGUGCCGCUACCCAGCGGGGAUCACAAAAAAGAAGUAUAUGUGCAGCUGUAUCUGAAGAACCUGACCGUGCUGAACAGCAAAAACAGUGCGUCUACAGAUACAUUCUCAAGCGAUGAAGAGUUACCAGCUCCCGUAGUGACCAACAGAAGUCGUUCCGGAAGAAAAGCCACCAAAAAAACAGACAAGCCUCGCACGGAAGAAGUUGAAUUGACGGAACUCACUGAUGAAGAUUUACGGCAACAGCUGGCAGCACAUGGCGUGGAUUCAGGACCCAUUGUUGCCUCAACUCGCAAAGUGUACGAGCAGAAGCUGCAGAAGCUCAUGGAGCAGCCUGCAGCUGAGCCCGAAGCGCCCACAGCUGUCACUGCGCUCCCCAAAGCGGAUAGCAACGGGAACUCCGACCAUUACAGUGACAAGGAAGACGAAGUGGUAGCAGCCCCUGAACCAGAGCCAGUUCCUGUGGUGGAGAAGGCAGUGAGGAGCAGAGGAAAAACCCCAGUAACUGUCAGGACUAGCAGCAGAAGACAAACCAAGCAGGUAGUGGAGGAAGUUGUUGUUGUAGAAGAAACCCCUAAGAAGGCCAGCAAGAGCAUUGUUGAAGACAUUUUAGCCAAUGAAAUUAGCACACCAACAGGCAUCAGUGCAACCUGCAGGCGUCCGAUCCGAGGAGCUGCCGGACGACCCAUUAAACCGAGUGAGUACUGGAUGACCGAGUCCCCCGUGCAGCGCAGUGUUCACACGGAGAGCCGCUCUUACUCCGAGUCUUUGGCCCGUCCGAGCGUGGCCGACACUUUGGGCAAACCCAAAACCGGGAGAGGUUUCCUGUCUGUGUUGCUUAAGCUCCUCCUCCUCGUUGUGGUGUGUGUAAGUUUGUACUACGCCUACGAGAAUGUGGAUGCAGAUCAGAUCGGUGCCCUCAAAGGUGUCGUGAACAACGUCGUCGUUCCGGUCCAGGGAUUUGUGGACAACGCAGUCGCCUACCUGGGCAUCACUGCUGAAACCGCUGGCAAGUAAAGACCUUCAGCAGCCCACGUGCUGUUUCCGUGCAACCUCUCUGCCACAGAAUGCAAACUGAAGCAGACAAAUUCACUCACCUUUUUAGCAACUCUCUCCCUGUACGGACAAAAGACCAAUUCAAUCGGAAUGCUCAGCUUUCAACUCCGGAACUCCCGUUUCUGGACAACACCGUUUUGUGGCAGAGACUUAUUUGGAUGUUGGUUUUAAUCUGUGAAGUUGUUUUUUUGUGUCCCCUUGUGUAUUUUAACCCUUGUCUGUAGAAAAACAAGUGAAGAAUGGAAAAGAUCUGUUUAUCCAUGCAUGAUUUGAUUUGAUUUUUUUUAAACGUACACUGUAGUUUCAAAUGCACCAUGCCGGGUCAUUUGCCUGGACACUGUCAGCACUUAGUGCUCGCCGUUUAUGAAGCACAAAUUAUUGUACAUCUCUUGUGAAUGUGUUUCUGUACAGACUUUAAAAUUUCCUUCUCUAGUCAUAGAUUAAUAUAGAUGGAACAAAACAUUUUUCUAUUGUGCUCAGGUGGAUUCAGCUCAACCUCCGUCAUGUGGCCUGUGCUGGUCAGGCCACAUCACAGCAUGGAGAUAAUCGGCUCAAGUUUAGGUCAAAUCUAAGCAACGUCGGGUUUUCUUCACCGACACGUUGCAGAAAUAUUCUCUCACGUAGAACCGGUGAUUCUGCUCACUCCGUAGCCUAGACGUGAGUUUUAACUGUUAAUGUUUAGACACAAACAUCUUUUUAUUUUUGUGCAAAUGGUUAACUGUUAGUAUUGAUUGAAGCGCCCCUCGAGGGAAAAAAAAAAAAAAAUUGAAGUUUUUGCUUAUGGUUUGGAUUUUUGUCCAGGAAGUGUCCAGUUUGCCCGUAUAAGUUUACAUGCUUUGAGUUGUAGUCCUCUGUUGUGUGUUCUUUUAUUGUCUCUUUCUAAUAGAUUUCAGAUCCUUCGGUCCUUGGAGAAGAACUGGCAGUUUGUAUUGCGCCCACAUCGCCCACAUCACUUGACUGACAAUGUGUCCACGCACAGCUCAGAACAAACUACAUUUUGUUGUCUCUUAAAUCUGAUGUCUGCCUGAUUAUAUUUCUACUUAGAAGAUGCCGUCGGUGUUUUUGCAUGGGGGUCCUGAGGGUCUCACCUGAGGUGACGUUUGCCGCGAGCACUGGGACAUCUCUGUUUCUAUUUUGAUAUUUUUCUAAAAAAGAAAUAAUAAGCUGUUAAAUCAUUUUUUCUUACAUAUUUUAAAGUUAAAUGCAAUAUGGAAAUCAUGCUAUCGACACCGUGUCUUCAUCUGACCAUUGCUUAAUACAAGUGAUCUAUCAGCAGGCAGCUAAAAAAAAAAAAGAAAAAAUAUGGACAUAAUCGACAAGGGUUAUGUGGGUAAGGAUUUUUAAUCUUUAUUUAUGAUGAUGUAGGCUGUGUAUCGACAAUAAAUUUGGUUGUUACCACA